AUCCGUGAUCCAACACGACUUUAGAUGUAAUCAGUUUUAGGAGAUAGUAAACAAUGAUGUUGAUAUUGUGCAUAUUUAUUGGACUUGCUUCACCGGUGUUCUGUGAUAAAACGGCUGUCUUAAUCUUAGCCCGUGGCGGUUCAAAAGGUGUACGGUUGAAGAAUAUUCGAAACGUCGGUGGUAUUAGUUUACUUGGUCGAUCUAUACUGACUGCUAAGUUGGCUGGUUUUCACGAUAUAACUGUUUCGACAGAUCAUCCCUUAAUAGCAUUAGAAGGGUUGAAGUACAAUACAACCGUUUUUAAAAGAAGCUAUGUAACAUCAACUGACUGGGCACCAUCAAUAUGGGGAGUAGCUGAAUUUAUUGAAAAGAGACAGGAUAUUGAUAUCUUAAUACUCCUCCAGGCAACUUCACCGUUUAUAAACUUCAAAUAUUUACGUUCUGCACAUGCAAAACUCAAUUUUCCAAUUCCAUUUGAUUGUGUCUUUUCGGUUACUAGAAGUUACAAACUUCGUUGGAGCUACAGCAACUCUGGGACACAUUCUUUAAAUUUUGACUACAAAAAGCGACCUCGUCGACAAGAUUGGAACGGUGAAUUCAUUGAAUCUGGAGCAUUUUAUAUAUCUAGACGAGGAGUUAUUGUAAAAGGAACCUUGCAAAAUAAUAAUUGUACGGUAUGGGAAUUAUCGCAAGCGGAGAGUCUCGAAAUUGACACGGAAUACGAUUUGCAUUUAGCGAAUAUUUUAAUAAUAAAUAAACUUGUUUAGAUAAAGUGAUAAUGCUACUAUAAUAUUAUUAAAAAUGUGGUAAAGAAGAACAAAUAGGACCAAAGAACUGUUUGAAGCAGAAUAGUAAAUGUUAAACCAUGUUUACAUUUGCUACAAUUUAUAAGUAUGUCAAGAGUUUUAAGAGACUUUUGAGAUUAACAGUGGGUGAUAAUUAAAAAGAAAAAAAUUGAA